UUAAAUGGUGGCAGACAUGUCCAGGGAAUACUGCGAGGAUUUGAUCCCUUCAUGAAUCUGGUGAUAGAUGAAUGUGUGGAGAUGGCAAAUAGUGGACAGCAGAACAAUAUUGGAAUGGUGGUAAUACGAGGAAAUAGUAUCAUCAUGUUAGAAGCCUUGGAACGAGUAUAA